ACGAUUUAAUACAAAAGAGCUCGGCUGUAGUUUCCAUCACAAUGCGAAAAGAGAGGUGCUCCAUGACAACUCUAACCCCACUGUUCCAUCCGCAUUUGUUAUAUCUGAGAGGAAGCCUUGUAAGAAUAAUAGUAUUGAUGUUCUAGUUUUCCUGAUGUAAAAAUCGCAAAUCAUAUAUCAAAUUUGAGCAUUCAAGUGGUGAAGGAACCCACCCUAAGCUCCUAGCACAACGCCUAGGCUCCACAAGCAUGGCAGCUAUUGAGCAAGCAGCGAAUGUGGAUGAGAAGACUCGCAGAGUGCGCAGUUUGCUGAGCAGCUAUUAUGGAGCGGAAGGUGCCCCUAGCCAGGGCGGGUCCCCAAGAAGUGAGCAAUCAGACACACCAUCGACACGGAGCGCAAGCAGGCUGGGAGGUGGCAGGGCCUUGGCCGGACUGGAUUCUGCAGCCUUUGAUACGGACAGGUAUCUGCAGUCUCUCCUGCGCACAACCCGGCUGGAUGCCCUGCUGGCCAAGCACACGGAAAUGUCCUCGGAGAUAAAAAACCUGGACUCAGACAUGCAGAUGCUGGUGUAUGAAAACUACAACCGCUUCAUCUCAGCCACGGACACCAUCCGCACCAUGAAGUCCAAUGUGGAUGGCAUGGACUCCAGCAUGCAGGAGCUGGAGAAAGUCACAGAGAGCGUGGCGGAGCGCAGCGAGGCAGUGAACUCCAAGCUGCAGCUGCGGCGGGACCAGAUCGAGGAGCUGAGUCAGGUGAAGAACCUGCUGACCAAGCUGCAGGCCGUCUUCGACCUGCCCCGCCGACUGCGCACCGCCUUGGACAGAGGGGCCCUCGAGAUUGCAGCGGAUGCCUAUGCCGACGCUGCACCCCUGCUCAAGCGCUACGGGCACAAGGGUGCGUUCAGGAAGGUGGCGGUGGAGGCGAGCGCGUGUGCGAAGGAGCUGACGGGGACGCUGAAGCAGCGCAUGCUGCACCACAAGGAGGAGGCGGCCGAGUGCAUCCAGAUGCUGCGCAAGCUGGGCGAGCCCGUGGAAUCCCUGCAGGAGGAUUUCCUGGCCUGCAUGAAGCUGCGCAUGGCCAACAUCCUGGUGGAGGCCGAGGCGGUCGUGGCGGCCAUGGCUGUGCAGAAUGGGCUCAGGCGGCAGUCAGGUGCGGCUGCUGAGGUGGCGCAUGCGGACGCAUGGGGCCUGGAGCCGGGGAAGACACCAAACGUGACGCGGUUUGCUGUGGAAUUGGACCAGCGGUUCCUCACAGAGCUCACGCACACCACCGCGACUCGGGAGAGGUUCAUGGAGUACAUUGCGGUGAUGAAGAAGGCGCUGAGGGACGCUGCCGAGGCCAGCGCCGCGCACUCGGCGGGCAUCCAGCUGCUGGAUGCUUCCAGCAACGGCGCUGCACAGGCCCACCCGCCUCCAGGCAAGCUCCCCAAGCAAUCGCUAUAUCCGAGCGAGGACUGGGGUGCCACGGUACUGGCAGAAGCGCUGUACACAGCGUCCAAUGAUGUGGCGCGCGUCCAAAGCCUCUUACCAGAACUCUCCCCUGCUGACAGGGGAACAGAGGUAGUGGAGGGUGUGCUGCGGCACCACAUAGGGGCCUGUUUUGCAGCGCUGGAGCGGCGGGUGCUGGACCUUCUGCAUGAGGUGCUGCCGCGGCUCAAGUCCUUCGAGGCAGCCAAGAAGAAGCCCAUGCCCGGCUCGCAGCAGACUCACCCCCUUGUGGAGGCGUUUGAGGGCAUCGCGCAGAUAUUGCUGGCGGGGACGGACUCGGUGCUGCAGGCGAUGGAGAUGUACACCAAGCGCGCCUGGGUGCUGCGCGCCUGGCAGGACGUCUUCGUGGACCUGGUUCAGGGGCAGCUGCAGCAGCUCUUCCUCUCCCUCCUCUCACGAUUUUGGAGCUUGUCAGGACUAGGAUCAGAGGGGCUCCAGGGCCAGCCGGGGCUCGCGCCGCCGUCUGCUGGCGGCGCCUGGGACGUCUUUGCGCGACCACCCUCCCCAGAGGCGGAGGCGAGGCCGCCAGAGGCAGGGGUGUUGCUGCUGCUGGCGAGGGUGUGCUCGUUCAUGGAGAGCAACGCGCUGGUGCAUGUGAUGGAGACGCUGGCCGCCACCUUCCCGGGCCAGGGCGGCGGCUCCGGCAGCGGCCAGCCGCCCGCCUUCGUCGCCGGCGAAGUGGCCAGGCGGCUGCACAUGGCGAUGCGCGCGCUGGUGGACGGCUACGUGGAGGCGCACGGCCGGCGGCUGAGUGCGGCGGUGCGCGCGGCGGCCGAUGCGGCGGACCCGGCCGACCAGCGCGAGCCGCGCGCGCCGCAGGCGGUGUGCGGCCAGAUGCUGCAGGCACUCGCAGCCGCGCGCGACGAGGCCGCGCUGCUCAUCGACGACUCCGCCGCCGCGCAGCCCAGCGGGCGCGGUGAGGAGUGGUACAGCAGCGCGGCGGCGGGCAGCCGGGAGGGCAUGGAGCGCAACGUGGCGCGCCUGUUCCAGGAGCGCGGGCCCAUCUUCGGCCAGAUUGACCUCAUGCAGGCCAGCGUGCUCGCAGGCAUAACGCGGAUCGGCAUAAAGUCGUUUGUGGAGUCUGUGCGGCUGCAGACGCUGAACCGGCAGGGGCUGCAGCAGCUGCAGGUGGAUGUCCACUUCCUGCGGCCGCAACUGCGCAGGUAUGCGCAGGGACCUGAGGGAGCAGUGGUGUCGCACCUGCUAGAUGAAGUUGUGGCUGCAGCUGUAGAGCGUUCUCUGGAGCCAAUCCUGCUUGAUGGGCACAUCCUUGACCGGCUGGCCAGCGCGACACCUGCUCAGUGA